GGCUCCUCCCUAAACCCGAAAGGUCCAUCCGCGCCCCUGAGGGUCGAGAGAGACGUACACUUGGAUAUCGCUCUCAUGGCUUCAAAGCACGGUUGGAUCGCUUGUGUACUGUUUCUCGUCGCAGCUGCGGCAGCCAAAGCCAAUGCACAGCUCUCAGAGGACUACUACGACGCUUCCUGCCCCGCGGCGCUACUCACCAUCAGGGCUGCCGUGGCAACGGCGGUGCUGCUCAACCGCCGCAUGGGCGCCUCCCUCCUCCGGCUUCACUUCCACGACUGCUUCGUGCAAGGCUGCGAUGCUUCCGUGCUCCUCGACGACACAGACGACGGAUUCACCGGCGAGAAAGGGGCUGGGCCGAACGCCGGGUCGCUGCUGGGUUUCGAGGUGAUCGACAGGAUCAAGAUGCUGCUGGAGCUCAUGUGUCCGCGUACCGUCUCCUGUGCCGACAUCCUCGCCGUCGCCGCCCGGGACUCCGUCGUCAGUCUAGGGGGCCCUUCAUGGACGGUUCUACUUGGGAGGAGGGAUGCCACCACAGCAAGUGCGUCCUUGGCCAACAGUGACCUCCCCGGCCCGACCUCCAACCUCAACAAUCUCCUCAGCGCCUUCUCCAAAAAGGGACUCAGCAGCACCGAUAUGGUUGCUCUCUCAGGAGCCCACACCAUAGGCCGCGCGCAGUGCAAGAACUACCAGGACAGGAUCUACAACGACACCGACAUCGACGGCCCGUUUGCGGCGUCGCUGCGUGCCGACUGCCCCCAGGCCGCAGGCGGCAACGAUGGCAGCCUCGCGCCGCUUGAUGUGUCCUCGCCUGACGCCUUCGACAACAGCUACUUCUCCGGCCUCCUCUACCGCCAGGGGCUGUUGCACUCCGACCAGGCGUUGUACGACGGCGGCUCCACUGACGAACUGGUCAAGAGCUACGCGUCCGAUGGUGAUCGGUUUGGCUGCGACUUCGCGGCGGCAAUGGUGAACAUGGGCAAUAUCAGCCCGCUCACAGGGGCGGAUGGCGAGAUCAGGGUGAACUGCAGGGCGGUGAAUUAAUGAUUGAUGCUUGGCUAGCUGUGUGUCAUGGACUAAGAACAAUAUGUUUGCAUUUUUGCAAAGAUGGAAAUCUGCAUCCUUAGCUUUUAUGUACACUAGCUAUUUUUAUUUGCAGUAUGUAAUCCUUUUUCCAUUUUUUUAAAUUUGUGAGUAAAAUGCAUAUAUGGCACGUAUAUAACCACUUUA